GUGCUGAGGCUAUGGUAUUGACAAAAUCAAUUUUCUUUGCUGUAUUUGUUUCUGAAAAAUGUUAUUUAUAUACUUUUGAAGUAAUAAGCGCGAUUUAAACACUUUCGAAUGCAUUUGUUGUGUGUUACCGCCGACGGUUUGACCGAUUAAAUUUAACUCCCUUUGACAGAUUGCAUGCGUGAGAACAAUAUGCGCAGAUGUGAUUCAUAACACGAGCGUCCAUCCCACCUGUUGGUUUGGUGUCAGCAGUGCGCAAAUCGAACAAAACAAUCAACACCCUAUCGGGAGGGGGUGUGUUUGUGCACCUUAUUUCCUAAAUAUUCGAACCGGUCACACCGGUCACACAUGCGUUAGUUGAAAACGCAAAGAAAAACAAGUGCACGCGAUCAACGGCGUACCUAGCGUUGGGAGCUCUCUCUGUUCGCGUCCGUACGGUGUUUUAUCAAAAGUGCAGUAGGGCUUUCAUGGGCAUACUCACCUUUACACCAACCACCCCUUCCGACGACUGGUGACAAAAGAAAGUGCGUACGGUUGUCGUCGUGUGAUAUCGGGCUGCGUUAAACAUCGCGCACGGUCUUUGCAAUUUGUCUUGGCGCACGUACAUUUUUGACAGCGUUCGUUCCUGUGGGUUGACAAUAUAGCAGCGACAAUUCGGGUUUGGUGUUGAUCGUUCGCAACAAAAUAACAAUUACUCCCUCUAGUAAGGGCGUGUGCUGGUUGUGAUCAUAUCGAGGGCGGAUUUGUGUGCGUUACAAGCCGACGAACAGAAGAUGGCUUUCUUCUUUAACUUUGUCGCAAUCAGCUUCUUCGUGUACCACCUGGUCCGGCUAAUUAUGUGGGCCGUGCUUGAUUCGGACAUUGAGCUUUUCUUUCUCUCCAAAUUGGGCAAACCCAUCUCCUCACUGAAAGGGAAAGUGGUUUGGAUUACCGGAGCAUCAAGCGGAAUCGGACGGGAUCUGGCGAUCGCAUUGGCAAAGCAUGGUGUUAAGCUGUGCAUUUCUGCUCGUAACAUUUCCGAGCUGCUCAAGGUGAAACAGGCCUGUAUAGCGAUAUCGAACGGAAGCCUCGGACCGAACGAUGUGUACGUGCUGGAGAUGGAUAUGCUGCACCUGAAUCAUCACAAUGACUAUUUCAACAUGGUGCUCGAUCACUUCAAAACGGUUGACAUUCUGGUGAACAAUGCCGGACGAUCGCAGCGUGCCGAGUGGGCCUCGAUCAACAUUAAAGUCGACCGGGAACUGUUCGAGCUGGAUGUGUUCGCCGUGGUCAAUCUGUCCCGUGUAGCACUGAACUUUUUUGCACGCAACUCAAUCAAGGGUCAUCUGGCGGUGACGAGCAGUACGGCUGGGUUGAUUGGUGCACCGAAUUCCGGCACAUACACCGGUGCUAAACAUGCGCUACACGGAUACUUUGAAGCACUGCGAAAUGAAUUCCCUAACGUGCACGUAACGAUGUUUUGUCCCGGACCGACGGCAACAAACUUCCUGCAGGAAUGUUUCACCGAUACACCUGGCGCGAAAUAUAAUCAAUCCGUCCAACCGAACGAUCGACGUAUGACGAGCGAACGUUGUGGUCAGCUGUAUGCUUUGGCAAUUGCGAACAAAACCCAUCUCAGCUGGGUCGGAACUUUCCCGAUCAACUUUCUGCUUUAUAUCGGUUGCUACUAUCCAAACCUGAAACGAGUCCUGUUGAAAAUUGUUGGCAUGGAGCGUCUGCAGCGUGUUCGCGAUAGUCGGUAAAUUGGUGCUAAUGAAGAUUUGAACAGAGAAGGAGAAUCAAUACCCACACGGGCACACGCACAGUGUUAGACAAUCGGACAACAUUCCAGCCAUGCCCAAUGCCUUAAACGUGUACGUCAACGUUCCCCGUCUUGCAUCCCAGACACAGAUUACCUAUUUAAUCAGAUGCAACAGCAUUAGGCAUUUGUUUUGUGUUGUAUUUCGAAGUCCGCUGCUCACGGCUUCAUUUAGAUCAAUUCACUCUCUCGUUGUAUCACGAUAUUAGCGCAUGUGGUUUUUUGUUUUAAUAUAAUUAUUUAAACACUAUUAUUAACACUACAUGUAACAAAAAGUCAUGUUUGCAAAUGUUCGCAUCGUGUACAAGGCAGCUUAAUCGCGUAGCGGGUAGUUUGAACACUACCACUUACACGCUCUUUGUUGUAAAGUUAUCGCAGACACAAUGCUUUUUAGAGAAAUUUAUAUUUAAUAAAGUUAUAAAGUUUUUUUUUUCUUCACAGUUUA